AUAACGUAAUUAAUAUCUGAUAGUUCAAAAAAAUCUAUUCCUGAAAGUCACAUGGUUUACUUAACGGAAGCUAUCUUAUUUGAAAAUGCAUGUCCAGGAAGUACAAAUAUUUAACUUAAUUGAUAUCUGAUAGUUCAAAAACAAUAUUCCUGUAAGUCACAUGGUUUACUUUACGGAAGCUAUCUUAUUUGAAAAUGCAUGUCUAGGAAGUCGUGGGAUCACUAGAGAAGACGCAGAAGCCAGGAGCUGUCAGAAGCGAUAAGAAGCGAUCAGGGUUUUAUGCAGUCGACUGCAGCAAGAGCCAUGCAUUUCCUUGCGUAUCUGCUAUUUCUGUUGAGUGCUUUCCUCGCCCAGCAGACAGUAAGGGGUACGGUUGUAGAUUCAUUCAAAAAUUCUGACUGCAGGAAAUUCUUUUAUGAAAAUGAGGAACCGGCUGGGUUUAAUAGUCAAAACUAUGCGAGAGUGUGCCAGACCUUUAGGAACAGAAUUUAUUUCGCCUCUCUCUACGACAAAACAAGGCGAAUACCGCUCUACUCCGCCUCCUUGUACAACUAUAAGGACCCCAAUGAUACCCCUUCCGAGACCACCGAAAAAAAUUGGAAGUACGAGCCACAGCUUGUAAACCCCACGAAAGGAGAGAACAUGGGAAAAAUCACUGAAGAUGUCAAAAAUGACCCGAAGGUUCGGGACAGCCAGCCGGUGGAAAUUGAUUAUAAGAUGAUGUACUACAACAUGUAUUACACCAGAGGGCAUUUAGUCCCGAACAGCUUCAUGGCCAGUCCCUCAGGUAAAAGUGCUACCUUCACUGUGUCCAAUGCUCCACCCUAGCCUCGCGGCUUCAACCAGAAGCAGUGGAGUGAGAAGGAGGAAGAGAUUGCAAAGAAACUGGAGGCCAGCUGCCAUGUUGUCAGUGGUGUUCUUCCUUACGAGACAGAGAAAUGGAUCCCAGAAGGUGAGCACAGGGUGGCGGUCCCACAGUUUGUGUGGAUGGCUUACAAAUGCCCAAACAUCCCCCCUGCAGCAGUUCUGGGAUUCAGUGAUGGAAAUGCGCCUGUCGAUUUCGAUUUUGGCCAGGACUGCCAGGUGGAAUUGAAACCCAAGGAAAUAAAAGACAUUACAGUGUCCUGUCUGGAAUCAAUACUAGCCUCAAGAAUUCCGUCCCAGUCGGCCUACAGGAUCUUUACAAGUGGGUUUGGUGCACACCACUCUAAUAUUGCAGAGGGAACAUCCUGUGAACAAUGCUAAUUUGGGGGAUAAUAAAUUUACUUGUGGUCUCUAUACAUGUAUGUGUCCCAUAGUUGUGUUUUUGUAUUUUUUUUUCAAUCGGUUGAUAUGAUGGUUUUUCUUUUUUCUGAUAUGAAUUUGUCUUUCUAUGAGUUCAGUCAUUGGCUCCUGGUGACCGGCAGCCAAAACUGAGUUUUUUUUUAAAGAAUUUUUAAUUAAAUGUGUAAAGAAUUUACAAAUACAAAUACAAUCAGAGGAUCAAAUUAGGUACAAGAGAACAAACACAAACAGAAAAAUAAACAGUUAACCGCCAGAGGUAAUAAGUAA